AUGGGAUAAAUUUCAACUUUAUGUUGUAAAAAAGAUUAGGUGAUUAUAAUUGAAAAAAUAGUUACUUAAGAAAUAGUUAAAGCUUUAACGAUAGAUGAAGAAAAGGAAUAUUUUGAAAAAAUAGCCAUGAUUAUAAAAAUUUAAUCAUAUUAUAGAGGAUAUAGAGUAAGGAAAAUUAUGAAGUUAGAAUUAAGGCCACCAUAAACAAAAUAAUGUGAAAGUUAAGGGGAAACAGUUGAUAUUGUGGCAUAUUCUGGUAAAAGAGAAACUUUAAAAUUAAAUUAUGUUUAAUCGAUCAAAUUUAAGGGAGAUUUGGCUUUAGUGAAAAAUACAAUGAAUUUUAUAGAACCAACUGAAUUACCAAUAAUAGAAAUGGUUGAUGGAAGUACAUAUGAAGGAUAAUGGAUGAGAGGAUAAAAAUGGGGAAAAGGUAGGAUGAUUUAUAAAGAUGGCUCAAUUUAUGAUGGAGAAUGGAAAUAAGAUAUGGCAUAAGGGAUAGGAAAGUUAUAUCAUACUGAUGGGGAUAUCUAUGAAGGUGAAUGGUUAAAUGAUAGAGCUAAUGGGUUUGGAAAAUAUGUUCAUUCUAAUGGAGCAAUUUAUAAAGGAUAAUGGAAAGAUGAUUAAUAGAAUGGAAAAGGACAAGAAAUAUGGCCUGAUGGUUCAAAAUAUGAAGGAGAUUACUAUGAAGGGAAAAAACAUGGCUAUGGUAAGAUACUCUUUAAUGAUGGUUCAAUUUAUUAAGGUCAGUUUGAAUAAAAUGAUAUCCAUGGUAAUGGUGUUUACACAUGGUUUAAUGGAAAAAUCUAUGAUGGAUAAUGGAUACAAAAUAAAAUGAAUGGAAAGGGUACUUUGAAAUGGCCAGACGGUAAGAAAUAUGUUGGAGAAUAUUAAAAUGAUAUAAAACAUGGAUAUGGAAUUUAUUACUGGGAUGAUGGAAGAGUAUAUGAUGGUAUGUGGAAAGAUGGUCAUUAGCAUGGAGAAGGAAUUUAUAUUGAUUUUUAUGGUAUCUCAAAGAAAGGAAUAUGGGAAAGUGGAAGAAGAGUCAAAUGGGUUUGA